AUGGCCAUGCGUCUCCUUCUCGCUGCCACUUCGGUGGCUGUCCUUGUCUCGGCGCGGGCUUCCUCGGAUGGCUCUGCAUGCACCGCAAAGUCGUUCGCAAUUCCGAGCUGGUUUGUUCAAGAUGUGAAGCACGCUGAAGGUGUCAUCUCGUUCAAUGUAUGGAACCGGGCCACCAACUACACGGCAGAUCUGGCUUGCGAGACGACAAAGACCGGUUUAAAUGCCUGCUCCGUCCAGGGGACGCCGUCGUCAAACGACACGCUCGAAGCUUCAGUUGAGAUCAGCGGGGACCCUACGACGUUCCACCUCAAACAAUCGUGGACCUGCAGUGACCGAGAGAAGAGUUUAAAGUUCACAGCAGCUGGAAACAAUUCGGCCGCAGCGGACUACACCUCACCCCUCCUCAUAAAGGGAUCCCUCACCUCGCCCGUUUCUAUCACACCGGUCUACCCCGACGGGCCCAAGGGGCACGACUCAGCCGGAUGCAGCUCGCGGUCCGAGUCACCUACAUGGACUCUGUCAUCCAUUCACUACACCGACGAGCCCGCCUCGGGCGAGGGCACAGUCGCGUUCAAAAACUUCAACGUGCUCGUCACGAACCCGGCCAACGGCUACCAAGCGAGCUGCAUGCCGGGCGGCUCCUUCGGCGACCAGCCCGACCUCGCCCACCUCAUGUGCGCCGGCUACGAGUUCCAGUCCUCGUCCGUGGGACAGUACCCCAUCGUCACGCAAGCCUCUUUCGACCCGGAGACAUCCACCUUCACGCUCAACCAGACCUGGUUCUGCGACGACGUCGACGCCGCAAAGCCCCUCCAAAUCACCGCCACCGGCUCCUCCACCCUCCCCCUAACCUGCACGACCACCCCCGGCACACGCAACCAAACCAACACCUACUGCAGCACGGCCUCCUCCGUCACCCUCACGGGCCAAUCCGGGCUGACGACCACGCUGCGCCCCUACGCGCUCGAAGACCCCGCGCCCAGCUGGGCAUCCACCCCGCCGCGCGGUGACGGGUGCACGCUGACCAGCAUCUUCGCGCCGCGCUGGCAGUUCAGCGCGUUCCGCGUCGACGGCGGCGCCGUGUCCUUUGAGAUUAUCCUCAUGGCGGGCGAUCGCGGGUUUCAGUAUCCGAUCCCGGUGUAUCAGGGGGAGGCGGUGGCGGGGGAGGGGGGGGAGGGGUGGUAUGAGUGCGAGGUCGGGGCGGAUGGUGGGAAUGGGUUGCCGUUGUGGCCUUAUCAGUGUCGGUUUAGGUAUGAGGAGGGGGAGGAGGGGAAGGGGGGGAUGUUGCUGCUGGAUGCGGAUUGGGAGUGUAGGGAUUUGGAUCGGGUGCAUCCGGUCAAAUUUAGCGGCGUGACCAACACGGCGGUCAACACCACGCUGGAGUGUGAGACCGUGGACGGGGUGUCGCAGUGUAUGACCACGGACCCGGGGUACACCUGGGUUGCCCCUAUCUCAGAUGUUACAUGGUGA